CUCGUUGACUCUGGUCGCGCACGCGCAGAGCCUUCUCUCGCGCUUCCCGCGCCCCCGCCCCUCUCUGUCUUCUCUACCCUGGGAGCAGCUCUCCUGCCUUGGCCCCUCACCCCUGAAAAUGUAUGCCUGCUCCAAGUUCGUCUCUACCCGCUCCCUGAUCAGGAGCACCUCUCAGCUGCUGAGUCGUCCGCUGUCUACAGUGGAGUUGAAGCGACCACAGAUGCCAACAGAUGAGAGCCUCAGCAGCUUGGCAGUCCGGCGGCCUCUGACCUCACUUAUCCCUAGCCGCAGCUUCCAGACCAGUGCCAUUUCAAGGGACAUCGACACAGCUGCCAAGUUCAUUGGAGCUGGGGCUGCUACAGUUGGGGUGGCUGGCUCUGGGGCAGGGAUUGGUACUGUUUUUGGGAGUCUCAUCAUUGGCUAUGCAAGGAACCCUUCUCUGAAGCAACAGCUCUUCUCCUACGCGAUUCUGGGCUUUGCCCUCUCAGAGGCCAUGGGGCUCUUCUGCCUAAUGGUGGCCUUUCUCAUCCUCUUCGCCAUGUGAAGCAGCGUCUCCACUUCCACCUCCCAUGGUUCCUUCGUGUCUCGUCUGCCCUGUAUGUUCCUUUUUCUGUACCUCCCCAAGAAGUCUGGGGAAAGUGCUUGGCUCAGGGUUUGACAGAGAGAAGACAAAUAAAUACUGUAUUAAUAAGAUG